CCAAGCUUUCGCUGAGCUUCUGGGAGGCCUAGGUAAUCCUAAUAGCAGGCCAUCUUUACAAGAGCUUCUGGGAGGCCUAGCUAUAGGUGAUCCUAAUAGCCAACCAUCUUUACACGAACUUCUGGGAGGCCUAGGUGAUCCUAAUAGCCAGCCAUCUUUACACAAGCUUCUAGAAGGCCUAGGUGGUCUUAAUAGGAUGAAUGAUAUUGGUGAUGAACUUAACUUGACACUACUCCACCAAGCCUGUUUGAUGAAUAACUCUGAUAAAGUUGCUAAAUUAUUACAAGAUAAAACAGUGGAUAUCUCUGCUACUGAUGAAAAUAACUCUACACCACUUCAUUGUGCUUGUCAGGCUGGGCACACAGAAAUAGUUGAGCUUCUUAUUAAAGAAAGAGCUAAUCGUCUUACGUCUUCUUUGCAUGAAAAUGAUGCUGACUCUAAAAUCAAAUCUUUUUUCAAUCUCACUGAUAACCAUAAAAACAUACCACUUGGUUUGGCUUGUAUAGAAGGACAUACAGAAAUAGUUGAACUACUACUGGAGCAGGAGGGAGUUGAUAUCAAUCACAUUAAUAGCCAGAAACGUACACCACUUGCUAUGGCCUGUAUACGAGGACAUACAAAAAUAGUUGAACUGCUACUGAAGAAAGGAGCUAAUGCCAAUGUCACUGAUGAAAAUGAACUUACACCACUUGGUAAUGCCAGUAUACCAGGACAUACAGAAAUAGUUAAACUACUACUGGAGCAUGGAGCUAAUGUCAAUGUCACUGAUAAAAAUGGAAAUACACCACUUGGUAAUGCCAGUAUACCAGGACAUACAAAAAUAGUUGAACUACUACUGGAGCAUGGUGUGGAUAAUGUUGAUCACACUGAUAAGGAUGAUGAUACACCACUUGGUAUGGCUUGUGUAGGAGAACAUAAAGAAGUAGUUGCACUGCUACUAGAGCAUGGAGCUAAUAUCAAUCACACUAAUAAACAAAAACGUACACCACUUGUUAUGACCUGUAUAGCAGGAAAUACUGAAAUAGUUGCACUACUACUGGAGCAUAAAGCUGAUGUUAAUAAAACUGAUGAGGGCAAUAAUGCACCACUUGGUAUUGCCUGUCAUCAAGGUCAUGCAGAAAUAGUUGGACUACUACUGGUGUUUGGAGCUGAUGUCACUCACAAAAAUAAAAAAGGAUGUACACCACUUGCUAUGGCUUGUAUUGGAGGACAUGCAGAAAUAGUUGAACUACUACUGAAUCAGGAUGGAGUUGAUAUCAAUGUCACUGAUGGUCUUAAAAAUACACCACUUGGUAAUGCCUGUUUAAGAGGACAUACACAAAUAGCUGAACUGUUGCUGAAGUAUGGUGUAGCUGAUAUCAAUAACACUAAUAUACAAAAACGUACAGCACUUGGUAUGGCAUGUAUAGAAGGAUAUACAGAAGUAGUUAAACUACUACUCAAGUAUAAAGCUAAUGUCAAUGUCACUGAUAACAAUGGACUUACACCACUUUGUAAUGCCAGUAUACCAGGACAUACAGAAAUAGUUAAACUACUACUGGAGCAUGGUGUGGCUAAUGUUGAUCACCCUGAUAAGGAUGAUGAUACACCACUUGGUUUGGCUUGUAUGAGAGGAAAAAAAGAAGUAAUUGAGCUACUACUGAAGCAUGGAGCUAAUAUCAAUCACAUUAAUAAACAAAAACAUACACCACUUGUCUUAGCCUGUAUAGCAGGACAUGCAGAAAUAGUUGAACUACUAAAGAAGAAUGGUCGAGUUGAUAUCAAUGUUACUGAUGAACGAAAAAAUUCACCACUUGUUGUGGCUUGUAUAGGAGGACAAAAAGAAGUAGUUGAAAAGUUACUUAAGAUGGGAGCUAAAGUCAAUGCCACUGAUGAACAAAAUCGUGUACCACUUUGUAUUGCCUGUGAACAAGGACAUACAGAAGUAGUUAAACUACUACUGGAGCAUAAAGCUAAAGUCAAUGUCACUGAUAAUAAUGGAAAUACACCACUUGAUUUAGCUUGUGUGAAAGGACAUACAGAAAUAGUUAAACUACUACUGAAGCAUGGUAUAGAUAAUGCCAAGAACACUUAUGAUGAAAAUUGUAUAGUUCUUCGUAUGGCCGGUGCAGGAGGGCAGCUUGAAGGAGUUAAUAUUAUUAAUCACACUAAUAGGGAAAAUGGUACACCACUUCAAAUUGUCUGUAUAAAAGGAUAUACAGAAAUAGUUGAACUACUACUGAAGCAUGGAGCUGAUGUCAAUGUCACUGAUAAGGAUGAUCGUACACCACUUCAUAUUGCCUGUAUGAAACAACAUAAAGAAAUAAUCAAACUACUACUAAAGAAAGAGGAUGUUGAUCUCAAUGUUGCUGAUAAGGACAACAGCCAUACACCACUUCUUUUUGCCUGUAAAGAAGGAUAUACAGAAAUAGUUGAACUACUACUGGAGCAUAAUGGAGUUCAUGUCAAUGCCACUGAUAAGGACAAUCAUACAGCACUUCAAAUUGCCUAUAUACAACAACAUACUGAGAUAGUUAAACUACUACUGGAGCAUAAGGGAGUUGAUGUCAAUGUUACUGAUAAGGACAGUCAUACACCACUUCUUCUUGCCUGUAAAGAAGGAUAUACAGAAAUAGUUGAACUACUACUGGAGCAUAAUGGAGUUCAUGUCAAUGCCACUGAUAAGGACAAUCAUACAGCACUUCAAAUUGCCUAUAUACAACAACAUACUGAGAUAGUUAAACUACUACUGGAGCAUAAGGGAGUUGAUGUCAAUGUUACUGAUAAGGACAGUCAUUAUACAGCACUUCAAAUUGCCUGUGAAAAAGGACAUACAGAAAUAGUUGAAUUACUACUGAAGCGAAAAGAUACUGAUGUUACUAAAUGUAAUAAAGAUGGUCUUAAUGCUCUUGAUAUUGCUGUAGAGAGAGGAAAAAAAGAUGCUGCAAUGGCUAUAGUGACUAGUGAUAAGUGGGAGGAUGCAUUACGUAAUUACACUGUUAAGGAUACAAUUAUUGAUGAAAGUGCUGAUGAAAUCUGUGGGAUUAGAAGAGUAUGGUGUUGCAAAAAAAGGAAAAAUCAUGGAGCCAAAAAGCAAUUCACAACACCAAUGAGAAGGAUAAUUAAGAAGAUGCCAGAUGUAGCUAAAGUUGUUUUUGAUAACUGCUGUAAGAAAGAAAACCCGGAAGAUCAUCCUGAUCAUGAGAUUACUUUUAAUUAUGAGUUUCUUGAUGAUUUUGAUCUUAAUAAAAGGACUAGUAAUGAAAGGACAACUAAAAAAUGGCCUCCACAGCUAAAAUACUCUAGUGAGAAUCACUGUCUUAAUAUUCUUGCUGAUUCACCAAGUGCUGACUUAUUGAAGCAUCCAUUGGCUGUUACAUUACUUGAUCAAAAAUGGAAUAAAAUAGGCUGUAUAGUCUAUUACACUAAUUUGUUUUUUUAUUUUUUAUUUGUCAUUCUACUGACAUCAUAUGCUCUCACUGUCCAUCCUCCAAAUUCAAAAAUAUGUAUGGAAGUAUUUGGAAAUGACAAUGAAACAUCUAUUGAUUGCUUUACAGAGGAAAGAUUUGUAUCUCGAAUAUACAUAUCUAUUGCUAGUACAUGCCUGAUAGUUUAUUGUGCAAUCAUGAUAAUACGAGAAGCAUUUCAACUGGUUUUGUUUAAAGAAGAGUAUUUGACCAGUUUUGUCAACUUUAUUGAAGUCCCACUAUUUGUCUUUACAAUAAUUUUUGCAUCAGUACAUAGCAACCAGUGCUAUUGUACUCAUUCAUGGCAGUGGCAGACUGGAGUGAUUGCUGUAUUCCUCUGUUGGAUUGCACUGAUAUUCUCCAUAAGAAAGUUACCAGUAGUUGGAAUAUAUGUGGUCAUGUUUAUUAAAAUUUUUAACAACUUUAUGAAGGUUGUCACCCUUGCUUUACUAUUAAUCUUAGCAUUUGCAGUUCCUUUUUAUAUGAUGUUUUAUGAUCCUCAAGAUAGAGCAGAAGGAAUACGUACUCCAUUUAUCACUCCAUGGAGGACAACUGUUAAGGCAAUAACAAUGACAGUGGGGGAACUUGAUAUGGAUCCAUUAUUACGACAGAAUAAUCAAAUGAAUGCCCCUGAUGUACAGUAUCCAGUGGUUUCCUUUUCAUUGAUAAUUGUGUUUGUGAUUUUAAUGCCAAUUCUAUUCCUUAAUCUAUUGAUUGGUUUAGCUGUUGGUGACACUGAUGAAAUACAAAAAUCAGCUGAUACUUACAGACUAACUCUGAAGGUUGAAUUUACAUUACCUAUUGAAGAACUUCUAAGAUCAAUUAAGAACCAUCUUGAUAAAAAGGAGCAACUAAAAAAAGUUUCAUAUUUGUUGGAAAAGAUUGUAACCAUUACUAAAAUGAAGGAUAAACCAAACAAGCAUAGUUUUUUUAAACGAACAAUUGAUGAGAUUGAGAAAUCUAAAACUGAACAUCCAGCAACUGUAGCUGAUGUCAAAAAUCAAAGCAAAUCAUUAUCUGAGGAAAUGAAGGAUCUACGCAGUUCAAUGGCUCAAUUGUUAGCUACUGUUAACAGUAUGAAUGAAAGACAAGGAGGAGGAGGAGGAGGAACAGGGAGAGGAGGAGCAGGAGGAAGAUUGAGAACCGGAGGAUUGGAAGAGGAGGUGGAGCAACAGAAAUAAUUUUGCUUAGCUUGUGGUGGAGGAAGGAGAAUGAUUGUUAACUUUAA